GUGAAAGUCAAAAUAGGAAGACAUGCUAGUGUGGUCUGUUCAGGACAUCCACUGCUUCAUCAUGGCUGUACAGCUGUUAUUCUUCAUUCUUUUCAAAUCUCUCUAUGAGACCAAAGCUGAAGCUCUUCCUCAGCCUAACUUAAUGGUGGAUCGACUUAUGAUCACAGAGACUGACUCAGUCACAUUAAACUGUUCGACUUCACCAGACGUUUCUGUGUCUCGGUGUGAUUUCUACAUUGCAAAUAAAAAGAUGUCUGCAGACUCCUCCUGUGUGGAAACAGUGACAGGAACCAAGCUGUUGAGCAUGGCAAAAAUAAGGUCACCAGCCGAGGUCAAAGUUAAAUGUUUCUACAGUGUAAAGGAUGGAGCUGUUGAUAUUACAUCAUCAGACAGUAUAUCAACAACCAUCACCAUAAACAAUCUGUCUCCACCUACACUGACAGCGAACCCACUGGUGAUCACAGAGUCGGACUCAGUCACUUUAAACUGUCAGCCUCCAUCAUCUGUUCCUGUGACUGAGUGUUUUUUCCACAUUGGGGGAGGAGAAACACCCCAAAGAUUUCCUUGUCUGAAGACAAUGAGAGGAACUGAAAUCCUGUCUUUAACAAAGCAAAGUUCACCUGCUAACUUUGAUGUAACAUGUUUUUACCUGAAAGUAUAUGAAUCUCCACAGAGUAACCUGCUCAACAUUAUGAUAGAACUUCCUCCAGCUGAACUGAGAGUGAAUCCACAGCAGAUCACAGAGUCAGACUCGGUCACAUUGAACUGUGGGACUCCAUCAUUUGAUUCUGUGGCUACCUGUUCUUUAUACUUCAUAAAAUCAAAGAUAGCCAGAAGCAUCUCCUGCGUGCAGAACAUGACAGGACGUGAGCUCCUGAUGAUGACACAUCAAACCUCGCCUGCUGAGGUUGAACUAACAUGUUAUUACACUGUGAAGAAUACAGGAGGACAGCAUCUGUCUCCAGACAGUCACAUAUCCUCAGUCACUGUUCACAAUGUUGAGAAAAUAGACUCAACCACAUCUCAGAGAGUAUCAACAUUCAGUGUGACUGCUGGUCAAACAUUUAGCACCACAGCAAUGAAAACAGACAGCUUAUCUUCCAUUUCCCCAGGAUCAGUUAAACCCACAGUAGGUGGUACAACAGUCCCCCAAACAAAUGCUGAGAACUUCUCCCAGACCAUCCCAGCUUUCCCUGCAACAACUGUGAUGAUGAUCUGGAGGUUCAUAGCAGUUGGAAUUACCUCUUUAUUCCUGCUCAGAUUGACUCUCUAUUUUUGUAAACACAGGACGGUUGAACAGGUGUGGAUGUCUAGUUUGAACAACAGAGAGAUGGCAGGUUGUGACGAACCUACACUGCUGCAACACUGAGUGACAACUGAACGCCACAGCCUCAGCCAACAAAACUACAGGAAGAUUGAGAGUAAAUUAAAUGAUUUGAAUGAGAGGUUUUCAAAGUGUGGGAGAGUGAUCCUUCCUCAGAGAAUAAAUAGACAGCUGUGCCCUUGAAAUAACAUUAUUGCUAUAAUUUCUGUUAAACAUUUUUCUUGUUGCUUUGCUUAAUAUUCUAAGUAUACUUAGUUUAGCAAUCUGUGCGCACGGAUUACUAAACUGUGCGCUCCGUUUUGCAAUCCGUGUGCAGAUUACUCAGUGACAUCUGUGGAGAGUUUGGACGCCUUAGUGUAAGAAAAAUAAAAUAUUACAAGCUGUGAAGUGUGCUGAUUAAAAAGGGGCAGUGCUUUAAGUUUAUAUAUGAUCCACUGAGCUAACUUCGCAGGCGUGGGCCAUAUGUCCAAAGUCGACGUGUGUUUCUUAGUAAUCUGUGCGCACAGAUCGCAAAAUUGAGAGCACAGUUUAGUAAAGCGUGAGCACGGAUUCCCACCGGCUUUGUUUUUUCCCACCCACUGACACUUGCCAGGCUCCGUAAGAAGUAAUUUGAUGAGAGAAUAAAAAAAAAAUUAAUUGCGUAUAAACCAACAUAGAGAAGGAGAAUGUGUGGAUUUCAGAUUUUCUAAAAAUGUAUUACAUCUUUAUUAUACCCAUUUAUUGUGAGCAUUACAUUUCUGAACCAUUUCUACUUGAACCAAAAAUGCUGUCAAGCGACUUCAGAUGGUUAUUAAUGGUCUCCUGGUGGUUGAAAGAUGAUCAUAUUCCUCUUAAAUCAAUUUUAGAAUCUGUCACCAGUUUAAGGCAAAAGUGUUUUAUAACAAAAUGUAAAUGUAUCAAGAUUUGGCUUUUUUGUUAUUUAAUUAUCAAGAAAGAAUUGUUCCUUGAAAGUUGUCAUUGUUGUGAAGUUGUGAAUAACAAAGUUUUAUAUUGGAGCAAAUUUGCUAUUUUUAAUAAAAAAAAAUUUUUUUGCAGAUGUUUUGUUAUGUAUUGAAAGCAGCAGCAAGCUAGUCAGCCUUAAUCCAUUCAAUCUAGCAGAAAGUCACUAAAACAUAAAGGUGAUGAAGCAUUUUGUCAUAAUUCUAUUUAGUGGUGGACCAAAGGGCAGACAAGCACAGAGAAAAGCAGAGAGGAGGUCGAAAACUCCUUUAAUUUAAAGUGAGUCCACUUACAUGCAGGCGAGGUUCUGGAUGACAGGAUCAUCCUGAUUACAAGGCAUCUUCAAAACAAAACUGAACAGGAUCCGCAGCAAGAACA